AUGCAGCAACGCGAACAGGAAUUACAAAGGAAACUCAGAGUGUUUAAAGAACGGUGUCAGGACUCUCAAAGCAAGCUAACGGAUAUCGAGCAACAUGAACAAAAUAUGCAGCGGCUGUUGAGAGAGCUUCAGGAACGAGAAAAAAAUUCUCAAAGCCAACUGAUGCAGUUUCAACAACGUGAAGAAAAUUCUCAGAGGCAGCUGACGGAGUUUCAACAACGUGAGCAAAAUAUGCAGCGGCUGUUGAGAGAGCUUCAGGAACGAGAACAAAAUUCUCAAAGGCAGCUGAGGGAGUUUCAACAACGUGAAAAGAAAAUUCGUGAAAAGAAAAUUCUCAGAGGCAGCUGACGGAGUUGCAGCGGCAACUGAGGGAGAUAGGACAACAGUUGACCAAUUGCCGAGGACAAGUUUCUGAACUACAGUUAAGUCUUUCAACAGCACAGCAAACAAUAAACCAAUUGCGUAACCAGGAAACACGGGACUGGGUUAUUCCUCGCGACGAAAUUCAAAUCACAGAGAAAUGCCUUGGGAGGGAAGGAUGGGGAAUUGUCGGGAAUUGUUGGGGGCGUAUUGUGGCUGCACUGUAGCAGUAAAGCAAAUACAUGAUCUGAUUCUCUCCCCUCAUAACAUACAUCUUUUUAAGAGAGAAAUGAAUAUUGCAUGCAAGUGCCGCCAUCCUCACUUACUACAGUUCAUCGGCGCCACCAAUGAUGAGGGAACUCCUCUGUUUGUGACCGAGCUGAUGGAGAAAAGUCUGCGCACUUUGUUGGAGCAGCGGCAACUCUCCGAGACAGAAAUAGCCGUCAUUUCUCUGGAUGUAGCUCUUGUCCUGAACUACCUUCAUCAGAAGAAACCAGAGCCUAUCAUUCAUCGUGACGUCAGCAGUGCUAAUGUGUUGCUAUGGCGACAGGGUAACCAAUGGAGAGGCAAAGUGUCAGAUUAUGCCACUGCUAAUUUCAUGCCGCAGACCAUGACAGUGGCUCCUGGAGCAAGGAUUUACAGCGCACCUGAAGCACUUACAUCAAACCAAACUGUCAAGGUAAGUUUUAGUCACUGUUCAAGACUGUUAACAUUGGCAUAA